AUGGACGGAAGGGUUUUAUUCAAUGUAUCGGACCUUGCAGAUAUAUUCAGGUGUUUUGGAACUUUUGUGAGUUCUUCUCAGAUACAUGAGUAUAUGGAGUCUGCCGGAUAUAUAGAAAGGUUGGAGCAGCUCAAAGAUUUCUUUGGAAAAGACUGUCUGGAGGUGGUAUGCAGCAGUGUAUUGAACAGCAAGCUUCUUGAACGUAUAGAGUCUUCUGCAGAUGGCGGAAAAGGAUCCGGGCAUCUGGAUGAUACAAGGAUAGAAUUCACCGGGUCCAAGUUCUCUUUUGGAGAAUACAAGUUUGAGAGCCAGAAAGAAGAUCAAGAUCUUGACAGAUUCCGUAAUGUAAACGAACUAUACCCUUUUAAUUGUCAAUGGACCGAUAACAUCAUGGAUGGAAUACUUAAGAACAUAUAUACAAGCGACGGAAAGAAGGCUGAAGACGGCUGCAUGAAGAAAGGGUCCGACGUUGUAAGAGCAGGGAGUAGAGGAAGACAUAUGAAAGUCUCGGGAAGCCUAAAGGAUCGCCCGUUUGUGUGUACAUACAACGAUUGUAAGAGAGCCUUCAAGAGAUAUGAGCAUUUGAAGCGCCAUAACCUGAUGCAUACUGGAGAAAGACCUCAUAAAUGCAGAUUCCCCGGGUGCUCCAAAGCCUUUUCCAGAUCAGACAACCUGUCCCAGCACUAUAAAGUUCAUACCACAACAAGUGAGAUACAUGCCAAGAGCUAUGAAUCCUAUAGAUACUUGAAUAAAGAGUUUAACUAG